AUGGCGAACAAUGCAGCCAAAAAUCAUCAGUACGGAGUAAUUGCAAAAGGAUUAAACUCUCCGGAAAUACGUUCAAAUUCAACGAUACCGUAUGUUGACGAGAAUGUCGAACUCGAACUCGUUAAAGACGAGGAAAAGAUAAAUCCAAAAGGAUUUAAAGAUGUUGAGAGGGAAGGUACGGGAAUGCUGCCGAUAAUGGAAAAUAAAAUACAUGCGAGUGACCUAGGAUCAGUUCAUACUCCUAACAGUGACACAAUAGUAGUAAAUACUCCAGAAGGAACUCUGUACAUUACGCUAGACCCAGAUUCCAAGUCUAGCAAACCUACAAGUCCUAGCACUGAGUCUACGGAUUUGUCAGAUUCUUCACCCACUACGUCAAAGGCAAUUGGUGCACAGGAGUCUAGUGAUAUGAUUGUAGCGGAGAAAGAAAAAGAGCAGAGGAGGGAAGGGCUUAGGAGGAAUUCCAUUUCCAUGCCGACAUUGCAGAAUUUGGAGUCGGAGGUUCUGAAACAGCAUUACUCGGCCAAUCCAGAGGAAGGGGUGAGAUAA